UGUGACAGCGUGUUACUUCUGGGUAUGUGUAGUGCAUUUAUUGAAUCAGAUCCUGAUUUAUUAUUGAGUCAGAUCAAUUCGUGUAUCUGGAGUCUAAAGGAUUCGUCGAGCAUGGAUGUUAACAGAACUUUCACCUUGAUAGUGAAGUCAUACAAAGGAGAUAGGCAACAUGCCAAGAAAACGAUCCGGUAAUACCGGUCACAGUCAAUGCAAAGAUGAAGCAACAGCUAUGAGCGAAACGAUUAGGUGAGGACAAUGCGUUACUGGAAACUCUCUAUUCAUACAGGACAACAAUGCUCGUCCACACCGUGAAAAUACCCGGUAAAAGUAAUCAUGGUCAAUCUUCCCCAUCAGAUGAAGCUAUAAAAAAAUGCUAAGGACUGUCACCUUGAUAGUGAAGUCAUAGAUCAAGGAGAAAAACCACAUGCCAAGAACACGAUCCGGUAAUACCGGUCACAGACAAUGCAAAGAUGAAGCAACAGGGAUGAGUGAAACCAUUAGACCCGGUAAAAGUAAUCAUGGUCAAUCUUCCACAACAGAUGAAGCUACAAGAAAAAUGUUGAGACCAAGUAAACCGUAUUUAGAUCAAUGUAAAGAUGAAGCAACAGCUAUCAGAGAAAGCAUUAGGCUUUUAAGAGAAAUUGAAGUCAGAAGCCGCAGAGCUGCCAUCCUGUGCUACAAAACUUCAAGUGCAAAUGAAUGCUUAUAUAUAUUAUUUGCAGUUAUUAAAGUGAUGGUCGUUGCUGUUGUUGGGAUCAUGACACACAAAUAUCUGUCGAAAAUAGUAGAGGAAAAUUUACCAGAAAUCGUGUCAUCGAUAAAGCAGGCACCAAUUGUCGCACAGGUUAUUGCAGGUAUCCUGGCGAGUUGCAUUGUGUUUCUUGUUGCCAGUGAAGUUCUGAAGUCAUAUUAUGAAGACAGAAGCACACGUUACAACGUGGCAGCCGCAGGGUGGCAAGCCUUAGAGCUUAAGAUCCGUGCUUUCCUGGCAACAGCAAUUGAAGGCAAAGUUUCAUCUGCUGAAUACAAGAUCUUCAUUAAUGAAUGUAUUGAAAAAAGAGAGGAAAUAUGUAUCAAAGCUCGUCCAGAUGAAAAGAUCUACAAGGAGUAUGAAAAAGUUAUGACCAUAUAUGAUAGAGAUGAAAACGUAAAUGAUAUACAUGUUAUACGAAUAAAUAAGUGUUUGUAUUAAGUUUGAUGGAUUGAUAAAGGCUACAAAAGUAAAAAUUGUUCACUAAACCGUGUACAGACUUACGUAUUUAAGAAUAUGUAAGUUAACCCUACAUAAGUCGCUAUCAAAUAGGAGGUGUUCGCAAAAGGGUGAUCGUAUCCUGCCCCUGCAUCCAUUACACUUUGACCAUAUAUUCUUGAAAUUGAGUAUUACUACUUACAUGUCGUGCGCUGACAACACUAAUUUUAUUCUGAAAUCUAAGAACUCUCUCCUGAUCUUUUGAUUUGUCUGGAAUUCGAUGUCAAGUUCAAUAUCCUUGUAACUAAAAUGACUGUGCGUCGUGAAAUCUAUCCAGCCUUUAGGAAGGGCAUGACAAUAUAUUUACAGAAAAAAAUGGUAUUAGAUUAGAUAGAUGUACAUGUAUAGGAGGUGUAAGUAAAAAAACUUCCCCUGACUUAAUGUAUUUAGUAACGAAAAUGUAAAUAAAAGCGACAAACGCUUUAUUUAUAAGAAAUAUCUGCCAAUUACAGAGUCGAUUGUACGAUUCCGACUAUAUCACAAACAUGUGUUCCUGAAGCACCAUCAAAUAGUGAUGAUGCCAGAUGUUAUCUAAAUAUAUAGGUCGUUGAGCUGAUAUACUGACGUUUGUAUAUAAAAGCGACAUGACCAUUUCCAUGAGCAUAAGAAGUCUCUGCUGAAAGCAGAUUCCAAUGUACAAUUCUGAUUUCAUCAUAAGCAUAUCAUAUCCUGCCCCAAGUCAAGUGCUUGCUUAUAAUAUACCGGUAAUACGGGUGUCACAUGUGCAACAAGCUGCAUGCGUGUUGAAGUGGACAGAACAUCUUCCCUGACAGCUGUUCAAUCCCAGACUGUGUCAUAUCAGAAGACGUUAAACAUUUCUCUUACGCUGCCUGGCGCUCGGCAUUAAGAAGAUGAGGCAGGGACUGGCCAGCUUGGAGUCAGUAAAAUGUGUCUGUGUGGGCUAUCCAAGUUAAACUGUGGCAUGGUAUAUUGGGUUGUCAAUAAUAUUUGAGUAGUACAAGCUGCCUCACUCACAUGGACAUGCACCUUGUUAUAUAAAUCAAAUAUUCUUGAACAUUACGUAUCAGACGAAUAUAUCAUUCGGCACCACCUGCAUGUUCCCGAAACCUAUAACAAGGCUCGUCCCCUUCUCGAAGGCAUGGCGAAGCGUCUAAACGGCGCAGGCCAUUCAGAAUGCAUGUCAGGAUAUGGGUACUUGAUUAAUAUAAUACCGAGUAUUUAAAGUAAUUUUCGGAAUACGCUUUUGUUUAUAAAAUGUUGAUAAAUGUAGAUUGUUGGUUCCAAACCACAGUGUAUACGGAGAACAGAACUGUGUUAUAUUAACUGAUGUUCUUAUUUGUAGAGCCAUGUUGGUUGAUUGAUUUAUAUUUACACAUGCACUUGUUUACAUUCCGUUAACUGCGACUUCUGUUUCCUACUGCAUCAAAAUUACCCGCUAAGCUAAUUGAAGAUAGCAUACGAAAGGCUCUUAGUAUUGAGCAAUUAAACCUGAGAGAAAAGUCUGAAGAAAACAACAUUGGGAAUAAUUUAACUCCAGUAUCUAACUUCAACCCUAAUCAUGAAAAAACAUUGUCCACGCUGACAAAUGACUGGUCCGUAAACGGUAAAAGCACUUCAUGACUAAAUAUGACGUGCAUGAAUAACCAUCUUGAAAUGGGAAAUGUCGCAACCGUCCCUUACCUGCCAGACGGCGGUGUGAAAGAUAACGCUAGUUCUUUACCUAAUGGAUAGGAUGUGAAAAAAGGCUGAAAUCAACUUGAAAUUCUUUGUCCUUUCUACGGAUUUUAUAAAAAACCUUUAUCGUCAAUUAAUUAAUGUUGGAUCAUAAAACACUGCAAACACGAAAACGUCGUUUGUUUUUCGUUUAUGGUCAUUGG